UCGGAGGCCGUAAGGAGGAUGGCAUGCUUCAAAAGGGCAUCACCAGCACUGGUGGCGAUCCUGAACAAAUUGGACAGUGCGGAAAAACCAACAGAUACAGAUCACAACUUAUAUGAAUUUGGGUCAGUGCGGUAUCAUGUUCAGGCUUCAGCAUCUGAUCCCGAAAUUAUAUACUUGUCCAUAUCUACACCACCAUUGUCUCCAGAAGUUUUGCUUCGAAAUGGUCUUCCUGACUGCACCCUACAGGAUAUUAGAAGAGGGUACUGUGAUAUUGCAGAUAUUGUUGAACCUCCAAAAGAAGGAUUUGUACUUACUCUCAGACUCGACUUUGCAAAACUUCCACAUAGCAGAGAAGAUCGUAUCAAAGCCAUCAGCAAGAUUUCCUCACUACAAGCAGUAAUACUGAGCUCCCAACUGAAAGAUAUGUUAUGGAAUCUUGGUUCACAAGAUAUGGCUUAUGGAAUGUGCAAGCCUAUCAAACUUGUCUAUCACCCAAGAGAGCCUUUCUUUGUUAUUAGAAUGCCAGAAAAGCUAAAAGCAAUAUUUCCCAUGCGAUUCAAGGAUAAUUCAGAUGUGAUUCUUGCAACAUCAUUGUUUCAGGAACUCAUGGAUAUGGGCCAUUCAGCAGCUUUUACCAAAGCACCACGUUGCACCUGGUCACCAAUCCCUCCUCCAGAGUUAAGAGGAGAACCUUUCGAAUAUUUGACUACUAAUGGAGGAUUUGUGUCUUUUGACAUUUUAUCACAUCACGUUAAAGGUGCAAAAGUAGACAGAACUGUCUGGAUUCUAUUGAACUUCUAUGCCCAUGUGAAAUAUUAUGUAAAGUGUACCAGAGGUUUUAUCCAGAUAAAAAUGAGGCAGCGCCUGGAGAGCCUAGUAGAGGUGAUGCAAAAUGCAAGGAUAAGAGGAGGCGGAGAUGAUAAGAAACUCCAAAUGAUUCGAGUGACUCGGAGGAUGAGUAUUUGGAUUUUUGUAUAUGUGCGGUAAUGUAAAUCUCUUGCACAAAGUUUCAGUUUCGGCCAUGGCUUCAGAAAUGGCAGAAAAUAAUAACAGGCUGCCGUGUUCGAAGUUGCUGUUGCCUCUUGGGGGCUGAUUUUCUGACAUGAACCACCACUACUAUCACUUUUGUUGAGAUGACAUUUUUUUCAUUCACGUUAACAGGAUUAAAAGCUUUUUAAGGUGGUUUGAUCUGACUAAUAGGUGUUACAGGCAGCAUUUGGGAACAACCAUACAUUCGUGCUGGUUUUCAGACUGAUCACAUAGGGAGAAAAUUUUUUAUUUACUCUCUGUAAGAUUAUAAAUUACUCAAAAUUUGCUGCAGCCCUUUUUUUUCAAAUCUUAUUCCAACUAUAUGACAAUAACAUGUUGCAUCUUUCAUGGCAGCACAUGUUCUUUCUGUGCUUGAUAUAAUUCUGAUUUAUUUUAUUUGUUCUUUAUGCCUAUGUCCUUUGUAAACUAAAUGAUGUUUCAAUGAUUUUGUCUAAUCUAACGGUGAACGAAAUUGGUUGGAUUACCGAACCUGUUCAAUCCUAGCCAAAGUUUCAUUCUGAACCUAUAACAUGUGAUUGCUAUUAUUCCACAAAUAUCAGGAUGUGCUUCUUGUAGGGCAGGGCAAAGAGAAAAUGUCAGAUGAAGGGUUUGCCUUGUUAACUUUUAUGAUGAUUCAGGGGAAAUUUUAGUCAUGUUUUAAACUUCUUCAUUGCUAAGGAAUUGUGAAGGUUUGGAUAUCGCUCU